UCCUACAAUCAUCCAGGAUUUCAUCUUCCAGAACCGUGAAAAUGUUUGGACCCCGCCAUUUCUCUGUCCUUAAGACAACAGGUUCUCUCGUCUCCUCGACUUUCUCGUCAUCUCUCAAGCCCACUGCAACUUUCUCCUGCGCCAGAGCUUUUUCGCAAACAUCCAGCAUCAUGUCCAAGGUUUUCUUCGAUCUCGAGUGGGAGGGUCCCGUCCUCGGCCCCAACAACAAGCCCACCAGCGAAAUCAAGGCUCAGUCUGGCCGCAUUAACUUCACUCUCUACGACGACGUUGUCCCCAAGACCGCCCGCAACUUCAAGGAGCUCUGCACUGGCCAGAACGGCUUCGGCUACAAGGGCUCUUCUUUCCACCGCAUUAUCCCCGAGUUCAUGCUCCAGGGUGGUGACUUCACCCGUGGUAACGGCACUGGUGGCAAGUCCAUCUACGGCGAGAAGUUCGCCGAUGAGAACUUCGCCAAGAAGCACGUCCGCCCUGGUCUUCUUUCCAUGGCCAACGCCGGCCCCAACACCAACGGCUCCCAGUUCUUCGUCACCACUGUCCCCACCAGCUGGCUCGAUGGCCGCCACGUCGUCUUCGGCGAGGUCGCUGACGAUGAGUCCAUGAAGGUCGUCAAGGCCCUCGAGGCUACUGGCUCCAGCAGCGGUGCUAUUCGUUACUCCAAGAAGCCCACCAUUGUCGACUGCGGCGCUCUCUAAAUUUCCUUGCUGAGAUUGCCGAGGGUAUUAGGGAUUGGAGUCGCGGUACUAUAAUAUUCGUAUAAAUGUGCUGCUAUGAUAGCUAGAUAGCUCAUCAAAAUGGAUCUCCUGCGCGACACACCCACCCUUGUCUUCACUGCAUCGUCAUCACUGUCACUUUUGAUAGUUGAUAUGAGCACGCAAACUGAUGUCUUUCCCUAGACAGUUUACAGGUCAUGUG